ACAGUGAAUAAUUGUAUAACGGGUAAAUAAACCAUGGCUCGCAAAGGGCAGGUUGCUAUCCAGGACUCCGUUGAAACGGAUGAGGAGUUUGAGAAUUAUCUCAAUGCAAAUAUGCUGAGGUUGAUAUGUAUGGAAGUGUACUCGGAUUUCUGCGGCCCCUGUCUCGCCACCGCGUUCGCCGUGCGCAGGGGCAAGAUGGAGAUAGGGCAAGACCGGAUCGCUAUGGUCAAGGCCAUGUCCGACAAUAUCACCGCACUUUCUCGAUUCAAAUACAAAAGUGAACCAUUAUUUCUCUUCAUAUCGAAAGGCAAGCUGACCCGCGCGCUGUUCGGUGCGAACGGGAUCGAGCUGUGUCGUCUCAUCGAGGAAGAGCUGGCACUGACACAGAAGGAGCUUGACACUGGCGAGGAGCGCCCUAAGCAGGAGAUUACUGACCAGCUGCCUGAGGAGGCAGCGCGAAUCGAAGAAGAAGAAGUGCAAGAAGCUCAGGUGAAAGCGGAGGAAGAGCGCAUUCGAGUCGUCACACUAGCGGCCCGCAAGAAACGAGUCUCCGAAAGGCUGUCACAGUCCGUGGCCCACCUCAACUUUAUACUGUUCUUUCCGCACUGCCACCAGGCUUACUAUGACCUCUACGAGAAUUGGGAUAUGCUCAACAUACAAGUAUCAGCCAAGGAGGAGAUCCAGAUAACAGAGGAAAUGGUACCCGAGGUGUUGUACAUGAGCGACGUGGAACCCAACGAGGCCUGCGUCCACGCGCUCUGCAGCGGGAAGGCGCUCGUCGUGCUGUUCAAGUUCUUUGACAACGACCACAGGAGCUUCGUGAAUGUGCUUCGCCACUUUCUGUACGAGGUGAUCCCAGAGCCUAAAGAAGACUUGCCCCCGGAGAAGCAAAUCCCGCCCAUUCCGGCAUACGAGCGCUACGCCUCCAUCAGCAAGACACCGCGACAAGUGCGGCGCGACCGUUACAAUGCCAUGUUGAAAAGACAGAAAGAAGAGGAGGAGGAACGACUGCGUCUGGAGAGGGAGCAGGCGCGACUGGCGCGGGAGGCCGAAGAGGAGCGCCUAGCGCAGGAGAAACAGCGCAAGGAGGAGGAGAAAAUGGCGCGCAUCGCGGCUGGGUUGCCCGCGUCGCCGGAGCCCGAACCAGUGACGGAGGAGGAGCAACUGCCAGAGAAGGAAGAGGGGGAGCGACCAGAGGGGGAACUGCCUGAAGGGGUGCUGCCUGAAGGAGAGAAGGCGGAGCAGACGGAGGACAUAGAGGAACCUCCGGUUGAAGAAGCCCCUCCCGAGAAGGUAGUCGAGGAGUUCCACUCGGACGUGGAGGUGGAGGAUGAGGAGUACAUCCCCCCGGGCGGUCUGUUCGUGCCCGGCCUGUACACGCCGCCCAAUAACCUCGCCAAAGCCAACGGACUGAAGCUGUUCUUCCCUAAGGUGAUCGCAUCGCUGACUAAGAUAGAGUCGGAGCACCUGCCGCCACACACGCUGGUGAUGUUCCCGGCUGACAAGCGCGAUGGCGUCAAGGAGAUCGUCGAACAAUGUCCUGAAGAGAUACUCCAUAUGGGGAUCUUCCACGGCGAAGAUUUGUACUCGAUGGAGCACGUGGCUUACACAAUCAAGCAGUAUGACAAAUUGGAGCGAAACUAUUACUACAGAUCAAAAGACCGCGUGGCGGUGAUGGUGUCCCGUAAGAGGAGUCUGCCGCUGCUGCAGCUGGCCGGGCUCAACCCGACCUACAUCAGCAUCGACCCUCCUACGGCCGUGCGAGACUGUCUUACCCUCUUCCCUGUGGGCUACGGAGACGAUUAUGAGGAGGAAGAGACCGUAGAGGAAGAGACCGUCGUUGAGGAGGAGAUUGUGAUG